UUGCUGUUCGACUGUGUGUAAAGAUUGCACGAGUCGUUUCUUCGGACGUUACAACAUUUUGAUCUGAAGCAACGACGGUAGCUCGCUCGCUGUGAAGUUAACUUUCUCCCUUUCGCGCGCUUCUUCGGCCAAAUCUCGUAAAUCCGACUUCUAGCGGGAUUAGGAUUUACCGGGAUUUUACAGAUUUACGUGUAAAUCCGCAAAUCCGGGAUUUACGGAGUUGCCGGAUUUACCGCGAAUUUUUUUUGCGUUUGGCUGGAUUUACCGUAAAUCCUACUAAAAACUCGAAAUAAAUCCGAUACCAAACAUCCCCUAAGCCUCGAGGGCGCCAUGGAUACCUGAAGCGAUGGCCGCUACGCCGCCCUCGAUCCGCCACGGAGUUGUUUCCAGCAGCGGCGCCUGCGGUGACUCUCUUCAGCGCAUUCUCGCAGACCUAUGUACAAGGGGAAAUCCCAAGAUGAUAGAUGGGUAAUUGCUUUAACCUAUAAACAAGGAUGGAGCUUUACCAGCUUUACGGAAAUAUGUCGAAGAGGAAACUCACGAUCUUACUGGGGAGUCAUUCUUUCGUUUCAUGGAUCAGCUUUAUGAACGUAUUUCUUUCCUUCUAGAAAGUAGUGAUGUUGCCGAAAAUUUGGGUGCUUUGAGAGCCAUAGAUGAGUUGAUUGAUGUUGCUUUGGGUGAAAAUGCAUCCAAGGUCUCAAAGUUCUCUAGCUAUAUGAGGAUGGUGUUUGAAGUGAAACGGGACCCUGAAAUCUUAGUUCUUGGAAGUAAGGUACUAGGCCAUCUAGCCAGAGCUGGUGGAGCGAUGACUGCAGAUGAGGUGGAGAGACAGAUAAAAAAUGCUCUUGAUUGGCUUCAUGGAGAAAGAAUUGAAUAUCGCCGUUUUGCUGCUGUCCUUAUCCUCAAGGAAAUGGCUGAAAAUGCAUCUACAGUUUUCAAUGUACAUGUUCCUGAAUUUGUAGAUGCCAUAUGGGUUGCAUUGAGGGAUCCCACUUUGGCUGUUAGAGAAAGGGCUGUAGAAGCUUUGAGAGCUUGUCUCCGUGUCAUUGAGAAGCGUGAGACACGGUGGCGUGUGCAAUGGUAUUACCGAAUGUGUGAAGCUGCUCAGGUUGGACUUGGUAAAAAUGCUUCAGUCAAUAGCAUUCAUGGUUCCUUACUUGCUGUUGGAGAACUUUUGAGAAAUACUGGUGAAUUUAUGAUGUCGAGGUACAGAGAGGUGGCUGAUAUUGUCCUCAAAUAUUUAGAGCAUAGGGAUCGGCUUGUACGUCUCAGCAUAACAUCACUGCUUCCUCGUAUUGCUCACUUCUUGCGUGAUCGCUUUGUGACGAAUUAUUUAAAGAUUUGUAUGGAUCAUAUUCUAGCUGUCCUUCGUAAUCCAGCUGAACGUGCCAGUGGCUUCAUUGCACUUGGGGAAAUGGCAGGCGCCUUGAAUGGAGAACUUAUUCCAUAUCUACCAACAAUUACAUUACACUUGCGUGAUGCAAUUGCUCCUCGUAGAGGGAGACCAUCCCUUGAAGCCUUAGCCUGUGUUGGAAGCUUUGCGAAGGCCAUGGGACCUGCUAUGGAACCUCAUAUAAGAGGUUUAUUGGAUUCAAUGUUUUCUUCUGGUCUUAGUCCCACACUUAUUGAUGCCCUUGAGCAAAUAAGUCUCAGUCUUCCAUCUUUGCUACCUACCAUUCAAGAAAGAUUGCUUGAUUGUAUCUCUAUGGCGUUGUCAAAGAGACCUUAUCCACAGUCAAAGCCAGGUGUUAUUGCUUCCCGAGCAAACACUGCGAACAAUCUUCAGCAAUUUUCAGAUAUUAGUGGUUCCAUUCUGGUGCAGCUUGCUUUGAGAACAUUAGCUCAUUUCAAUUUCAAGGGUCAUGAGCUUCUCGAGUUUGCUCGAAAUUCUGUAAUUGUUUACUUGGAGGAUGAAGAUGGUAACACCCGAAGGGAUGCUGCCAUAUGUUGUUGCAGAUUGGUAGCCAAUUCGUUCUCCUUCUCUUCUAGUUCACAAUUCAGUUCAAGUAGGUCCACUCGGAUUGGUGGAACGAAGCGUCGUCGUCUUGUGGAAGAGAUCAUGGAAAAACUUCUUGUUGCAGCUGUCUCGGAUGCUGAUGUUAGUGUUCGGCGAUCAGUGUUUUUGUCUCUUCAUGAUAACAACAGUUAUGAUGAAUUUUUGGCACAGGCUGAUAGCUUGUUUUCCAUUUUUGUGGCACUGAAUGACGAGGAUUUUGAUGUACGAGAGCUUGCUAUAUCCAUAGCCGGCAGGUUAUCAGAAAAGAAUCCUGCUUAUGUUCUUCCAGCACUUCGCAGGCACCUAAUACAACUGUUGACUUACCUAGGCCACAGUACUGAUAGCAAAUGCCGAGAAGAAAGUGCCAAGCUGUUGGGUUGCUUGAUCCGGCAUUCUGAAAGGCUUGUAAUCCCAUAUAUUGCUCCCAUUCAUAAGGCUCUUGUGGCCCGUCUACGUGAGGGCACUGGAAUCAAUGCAAAUAAUGCUAUAGUCACUGGCGUCCUUGCUACUGUUGGUGAGCUUGCCAAAGUGGGCGGCUUUGCAAUGAGGAAGUACCUAGGCGAGUUAAUGCCUUUAAUUGUUGAAGCUCUAUUGGAUGGUGCUUCAUUUAAUAAAAGGGAAGUAGCUCUGGUUACACUUGGCCAAGUUGUACAAAGCACUGGUUACGUAAUUUCACCGUACAUUGAAUACCCACAAUUGCUUGGUUUACUCUUAAAAUUGCUGAAUGGUGAGUCAGCUUGGUCAACUAGACGAGAAGUGCUGAAGGUUCUGGGUAUAAUGGGUUCUUUGGAUCCUCAUGUGCACAAGCGCAAUCAGCAGACAUUGCCUGGUUCACAUGGAGAAGUGAACCGUCCUCAAAGCGACCCUAGUCAACAUAUUGUUUCUAUGGAGGAGUUACCUACUGAUAUCUGGCCCUCUUUUGUAACUUCUGAGGAUUACUAUUCCACAGUAGCUAUAAGUUCUCUUAUGCGAAUUCUUCGAGAUCCCUCACUUUCUAGUUAUCAUCAGAAGGUUGUUGGAUCUCUCAUGUUCAUAUUUAAGUCAAUGGGCUUGGGAUGUGUUCCAUACUUACCCAAGGUUCUGCCUGAUCUUUUCCAUGCCGUACGCACUUGUGAAGAUGGAUUGAAGGAAUUCAUUACUUGGAAGCUUGGGACAUUGGUAUCCAUUGUCCGCCAGCAUGUACGGAAAUAUUUACCAGAAUUGCUUAGUCUUAUAUCUGAGCUGUGGUCGUCAUUUAGUAUACCCACAAGUCGACCUCCAUGUGGUUCACCGAUUCUACAUCUAGUAGAACAACUUUGCCUUGCUUUGCAAGAUGAAUUUAGAAGUUACUUAUCGUCCAUACUUCCAAACUGUAUACAAGUUCUUGUUGAUGCUGAGAGGUGCAAUGACUUCAGUUAUGUUCCUGAUAUUUUACACACCUUUGAAGUGUUUGGUGGAACACUUGAUGAGCACAUGCAUUUAGUUUUUCCUGCUCUUAUCCGCUUAUUUAAAGUUGAAGCUUCAGUAGAUAUAAGACGACAUGCAAUUAAGACUAUAACCAAACUCAUACCUCGAGUUCAUGUCAGUGGUCAUGUAUCAGCUCUUGUGCAUCAUCUUAAGCUUGUUUUGGAUGGGAACAAUGAAGAACUUCGAAGGGAUGCUGCUGAUGCUCUUUGUUGCCUUGCUUAUGCCAUCGGGGAAGAAUCUGCUAUAUUCGUGCCCUCAAUUCAUAAAAUUCUUUCAAAGCACCAUUUUCGGCAUAGAGAUUUUGAGGAAAUUGAAAGACGUGUGCGAAAUCGGGAACCACUUAUUUUGGAAACCUUUUCAGUGCAAAAGUUUACUCGACAUCUCCCAGUUGAGGUCAUUAGUGAUCCAAUUAAAGAUGUUGACGGCGACCCUUAUGAGGAAGGGGUGGAGACUAACCAGCAAUUGAGAGAGCACCAGGUGAAUGACGUGAGGCUAAGGACUGCUGGUGAGGCUUCCCAGAGGAGUACCAAGGAAGACUGGGCAGAGUGGAUGAGACAUUUUAGUAUCGAGCUACUAAAGGAAUCUCCAUCUCCUGCUUUGCGUACCUGUGCACGGCUUGCACAAUUGCAGCCUUCGGUUGGGAGAGAACUAUUUGCAGCUGGUUUUGCAAGUUGCUGGGUACAGAUGAAUAAAACUUCCCAGGAGCAGCUAGUGAGAAAUCUCAAGACAGCUUUUUCGUCUCAAAAUAUUCCUCCUGAAAUUCUAGCUACUCUACUAAAUCUGAUUGAGCAGGCAGAAUUUAUGGAACAUGAGGAAAAACCUCUUCCUAUUGAUACCCGGCUACUUGGUGCUCUUGCUGAAAAGUGUCGGGCAUUUGCAAAGGCUCUUCAUUACAAAGAAAUGGAGUUUGAAGUUGCAAGGUCUAAAAAGACGGGAACGAACCCAGUUACGGUGGUCGAGUCUCUAAUUCAUAUCAAUAAUCAAUUGCACCAACAUGAGGCUGCAAUUGGGAUCCUGACUUACUCACAACAACAUUUGGAUGUUCAAUUGAAAGAAUCUUGGUAUGAAAAAUUACAACGAUGGGAUGAAGCACUCAAGGCAUACACAGAAAAGGCAUCUCAGUUAUCUGGUCCACCUCAUAAUUUGGAUGCUACCCUUGGUCGAAUGCGGUGCCUUGCUGCUCUAGCCCGGUGGGAUGAGCUUAGCAAUCUAUGCAAAGAGCAGUGGACUGCUUCUGAGCCAGCAGCUCGACUGGAGAUGGCCCCCCUGGCUGCUAGUGCUGCAUGGAACAUGGGGGAGUGGGAUCAAAUGUCUGAAUAUGUUUCUCGGUUGGAUGACGGCGAUGAAAGCAAGUUGCGUGUAAUUGGUAGUGCUGCUGCGACCGGUGAUGGGAGCAGCAACGGUGCUUUCUUUAGGGCUGUUCUCUUAGUUCGACGCAGGAAGUAUGAUGAAGCCCGCGAAUAUGUUGAGAGAGCUAGAAAGUGUUUGGCAACUGAGUUGGCUGCACUGGUUCUUGAAAGCUAUGAGCGUGCAUAUAGCAAUAUGGUCAGAGUUCAGCAACUCUCAGAAUUGGAGGAGGUUAUUGAUUACUGCACUCUUCCGGUGGCAAAUCCUGUUGCAGAUGGCCGGAAGGAUUUGAUUCGUAACAUGUGGAAUGAGCGAAUAAGAGGCGCCAAGCGGAAUGUAGAGGUUUGGCAAGCACUUCUUGCAGUCCGUGAGCUCGUUCUGCCUCCUACAGAAGAUAUUGAAACAUGGCUUAAAUUUGCGUCACUUUGCCGCAAGAGUGGACGGAUAAGUCAAGCAAGAUCUACUUUAUGCAAACUCCUACAGUAUGAUCCUGAAUCAGCUCCUGUGAACUCAUUUUUUCACGGGCACCCUCGGGUAAUAUUAGCUUACCUUAAAUACCAGUGGUCUUUGGGGGAUGACCUUAAAAGAAGGGAGGCAUUUUCUAGAUUACAAGAUUUAUCGCUUCAGCUCACUUCCAGUGGAAGUAUUUAUUCUGUUGCAUCUGGAAACCCAAUUACUUCUUCCAUUGUUGGUAUUCCUCUUCUUGCUCGUGUCUAUUUAAAGCUUGGUACCUGGCAGCGUGCUCUAACACCUUCAUUAGAUGAUGAUUCAAUAGAAGAAAUCCUUAUUUCAUUCAAGAAUGCAACUCAAUGCACCACAGAUUGGGCAAAGGCAUGGCAUACAUGGGCUUUAUUUAACACCGCGGUUAUGUCUCAUUAUACUUUACGAGGCUACCCUGCUAUUGGAGGACAAUAUGUUGUGUCAGCAGUUACUGGAUAUUUUUAUUCAAUUGCAUGUGCUUCUACUGCUAAAGGAGUUGAUGACAGCUUACAAGAUAUUCUUCGUCUUCUCACUUUGUGGUUUAAUUUUGGAGCUAAUUCUGAGGUUCAAGUAGCGCUGCAGAAAGGUUUUUCACUUGUGAAGAUUGAAAUGUGGCUGGUAGUCUUACCUCAAAUAAUUGCAAGAAUACAUUCUAAUAAUCGAGCAGUGCGAGAACUGAUUCAGUCAUUGCUAGUGCGUAUUGGAAAAGGGCAUCCGCAGGCCCUUAUGUACCCUCUUUUGGUGGCUUGCAAAUCUAUAAGCUUAUUGCGUAGAGCUGCAGCUCAGGAAGUUGUUGAUAAAAUCAGACAGCAUAGCGGAGUGCUUGUUGAUCAGGCUCAACUUGUAUCUAAGGAGCUUAUCAGGGUUGCCAUAUUAUGGCAUGAGAUGUGGCAUGAGGCUUUAGAGGAAGCUAGUCGUUUGUACUUUGGUGAACAUAAUAUUGAAGGAAUGCUGGCUGUGCUAGAUCCAUUACAUACAAUGCUUGAGGAGGGCCAUGAGACUCACAUGGAAUCUUCUUUCAUGCUGGCGUAUGGUCGUGAAUUAUCAGAGGCUCGCGAAUGCUGCUUGAAUUACAGGAGGACUGGAAGGGAUGGCGAGCUUACUCAGGCAUGGGACUUAUAUUAUCACGUUUUCAAACGAAUAGAUAAGCAACUCCCCAGCCUUACCACUCUAGACCUACAGUCUGUUUCACCUGAAUUAAUCAAAUGUCAAAAUUUGGAGCUUGCUGUACCUGGCACAUAUCAUGCAGAUGCGCCACUGGUUACAAUCUCAUCAUUUUCCCCGCAACUAGUUGUCAUUACAUCUAAGCAAAGACCUCGAAAACUGACUAUUCAUGGAAGCGAUGGGGAGGAUUAUGCUUUCUUGCUCAAGGGCCAUGAGGAUUUACGGCAGGAUGAACGAGUCAUGCAGCUCUUUGGGUUGGUUAAUACUCUUCUGGAGAAUUCGAGAAAAACUGCUGAGAAGGAUCUCUCAAUUCAGCGUUACGCUGUUAUACCAUUAUCACCUAACAGUGGAUUGAUUGGAUGGGUUCCUAAUUGUGACACUCUCCACCAUCUAAUUCGGGAAUAUAGAGAUGCGAGGAAGAUGUGCCUAAACCAUGAGCAUAGACUAAUGCUAGCAUUUGCUCCUGACUAUGAGCGCCUGCCCCUAAUAGCUAAGGUAGAAGUAUUUGAGCUUGCUUUGCAGAAUACAGAAGGAAAUGACUUGGCUAAGGUACUCUGGUUAAAAAGCAGAACCUCUGAAGUUUGGCUAGCAAGACGGACCAAUUAUACAAGAAGCUUGGCAGUUAUGAGUAUGGUGGGUUACCUGCUUGGAUUAGGGGACCGUCAUCCUAGUAACCUUAUGCUGCAUCGCUACAGUGGAAAGAUUUUACAUAUUGAUUUUGGAGAUUGCUUUGAGGCCUCCAUGAACAGAGAGAAGUUCCCUGAGAAGGUACCUUUUCGUUUAACUAGAAUGCUUGUGAAAGCAAUGGAAGUCAGCGGCAUUGAAGGAACUUUCAGAUUAACAUGUGAAAAUGUUAUGCAAGUUCUCCGGACAAAUAAAGAUAGUGUCAUGGCAAUGAUGGAGGCAUUUGUCCAUGACCCUCUCAUAAAUUGGAGAUUAUUUAAUUUUAAUGAAGUUCCUCAAAUACCAAACUUGGUUAGCUCCCAUGUUCUCCCAGUUGCAAAUAGCGAUGAGUCUGCUGCGCCUAAUAGAGAGCUUCCCCAUCCUCUUCGUGGUGCUCGAGAAAGGGAAUUGCUUCAGGCCGUUAAUCAGCUUGGUGAUCCUAAUGAGGUCCUGAAUGAGCGUGCUGUGGCUGUCAUGGCUAGGAUGAGCAACAAGCUUACAGGAAGGGAUUUUACUUCUGGAUCUUCGUUAUCAGGGGCUGGAAACUCAGUUCAACAUUUGGAACAAGGUUCACUUAUCUCUGGCGAUCCAAGAGAAGUUGAUCAUGGUCUUUCUGUGAAGCUCCAGGUUCAGAAAUUGAUCACACAAGCUAUGUCACAUGAGAAUUUGUGCCAGAAUUAUGUUGGGUGGUGUCCAUUUUGGUGAGAAGAUUGAAGUAAAGGACCUGUAAAUUUGUACAUAUCUUUGUACAUAUGUCAUUUGACGAGGCAAUAAAAUGCAUCACUCAUUAUGUGAUAGAACAUUUUUAUGUUCGAAUUCUUUAAAGUAUCUGUAUAUUAGAGGAGAAUCAUCAUUAUUGAUUAAAUGAUAAUUAUCAAGGUUUUAAGUGCAUCAAUGCAAAUUUAAAGAUUUUUUUUC